AUGUGUUUUGCUGAGCGGCGAAGUCCGGAGAGGGCCCAGCUCACCUUGAGUGGCUCAGGGCUGCACUCCGGUGGGGAGCUGCAGAGGCCAGUGCUGCUAAUGCUCCUACGACAAGUGAUCAGCGCCACCAGAGCCAAGGAGCGGCCCACGCUUCAUCUGUCACCAGCCCACAGCACAACACUGAGAGACACGACCGGUGUGGAAGGGAAAGAACUCUGCACUCUGGGAAAUGCCACUAAUUACGGGCGCUCUGGUGCGCUCUCUGCGUAA